GGGGAAGAGGACCUCUGGAGAAGGGAGGGAGGAAAAAGGGACGUCUGCGGAAGGAGAGCAUGAGCUUUGCGCUAGAGGUACAUUCUGCAGGUCCCCGAUGAACCCAGGGAACCCUCCACCGUAUCCGGGCCCUGGUCCGACGGCCCCGUACCCACCUUAUCCACAACAACCAAUGGGACCAGAGGGCUACCCUCCAGGACCUAUGGGGGGACCCUACCCACCUCCUCAGGGUUACCCCUACCAAGGAUACCCACAGUAUGGCUGGCAGGGCGGACCUCAGGAGCCUCCUAAAACCACAGUGUACGUGGUGGAACAGGAAAGGAAGAUGGACGUGGACACCGGGUGUCAAGCAGCCCUGGCUGCGUGUUGGACUGCUCUGUGCUGCUGCUGCCUCCUGGACAACUUGAAUUGAGCAGUUGGGACCCAAGUGCUCCCUCCAGGCCCACUGCCUUGUUACUGGAAUAAACAAUUAGUGCUGCACCA